AAAUUACAAAAGCGGGGCAAGUUAGGGCGCACUGUCUAGUGCAGCACAAAAUCGGAAGUUAUAUUCAAGGAAACGUCCAAGGUGUUUGCCACUUGUAACUGAGAAGGUGAAGGGUUCAUGAACCAUAUGUAUGCAUUCCUUAUCCAAGUAUGUUCUUUAGAUGAAUGUGUUAAAAAUUCAUUGAUCAAAACUUGACCACUCUCUAGCAACUAGUGAUGGAGCGCGUGAGUUAGAACUCGUAAAAAAGCGGGCAUCUUAGGGCGGCUCCCGUUAUAUGUUGUGAUCGGGUAGCCCAAUUUUUAUUGUUCUGUAUAUUUACCUUCACCAAGAGGGUUAUAUUUUCGGUUAAGGACUCAUGUUGUGUCCCUAACUGUAGGUCAACAGCAUAUAACUCGAGAAGCUGUGUAUGGAUUUUAAUGAUAUUUGGUGUUUGAGUAGCGAUUGCGGAAACGAAGGUCGUUUUCGAAAAUUGUUGGCGUAGCCUUUUUCCGUCAAGACUGUAGCUGGCCGAAUGUAUGCGUCCGCAUUUUUUGUACAGCAUAACUCGUACAGAAGCCUCGAAAGGAUCCUGAUAAUAUUUGGUAGGUGGGUGGGGGUCAGGAAAUCUUCGAUAAUGGGCUCCCUAGGGGCUCUCUAAGGUACAGCAGCAAAACUUCAAAUUUUGACAUCUCGUGUUCUGGACAUGCACGCCGAUGCUGUGAAAACCCAAUCCACAUCUGUGCCAGAUUAUCUUGUCUUGAUCAUUAGUCAUAACUUUUGUCCACACUCACGUUAGCAAGUUUCUUGUGCUAAAUUAGCAAAUGCAUUCCAAUCUUCUAAACAAAAAGCUUUUUUUGUGUCAGAAAAGAUGAUUUUUGGUCGUGUGAAGAUUUUUUGUGUCAGAAAAAUAUGAUUUUUGCUGGUUCGAAGAUUUUUUUAUAUCAGAAAAAGAUGACUUUUGGUGGUGCGAAGAUUUUUUGUGUCAGACAAAGCUGAUUUUUGGUGGUGUUGAGAAGCUGAUUUUGAAAGGUGUGAGGAUCUUUUGUAUUGAUUUUGGGUGGUGUGAAGAUUUUUGUAAUGGCGAGUUCUUAUUUUAACAUCCUUGGUUUCAGGAAAGAUGUGUCUGUCGUGUGGAGACGGCGUGAGACUGAUCCCGCUGCUGUUGAUGCUGACCAUGCCGAUGUACGGGUCGUUCCUGGGCCCCGAGCCCGUCCUGCGCCUGUCAAUCAUGCUGAUGAUCCAUGCAGGGGUCGGAGCAGCUCUGCCACUCGGACUGGCUUUCGUGGCGCCGUACCUACAGGUGGGAGCUCUGGCGCUGAUCCUCUCGCUGCCCGUGAACCUGCUGCCGUAGGCGCUCGUCUGGCUGUACGACAAACUGCUACUGGUGUCGGAGCCGGCACUACUGCUGGUGGAGGCUGCGCAGGUGGUGAUGCUGGCCAUGGCCGGCAGCUAGCUGGCGCUGGGGGAGAUAGAGGAGCGGCCGGUGCUGAUAAAGAGCCUGAUACUGGGCGUGACUGCUGUCUCCUAUGUCAUCGGCGCUGCGAUCGCUGUGGUUCUGUACAGCCAUGGCAGCUCCGCCUUAAACUGGCUGAUGCUGGCGCUCCUGUUAGCUGCUGUGGGCCUGGCUGCUCUAACCUACAUCGUGGACGAAGGUACAAAGUCAUUUAACUCACCGAUCUAGUGUCUUCUUUGUUCUGUGUCACUUUUGCUUGACAAUUGUG